CUGUGUGGAGGGGGAGGUGUUGAUGGGAACGACCUGACAGCAGGGCGGCGACGUUCACUCAGUGGAACCUCACAGCAGGAGCAGAGAACACAGAACCCCAGCUCUGAAGAUGUUCCUCACAGGUUCCUUCCUCCUGAUCUUCCUCACAGGUGGAUUCAGCUCCAGUCCUCCUCCAGUCCCUGUUUCUGAAGACACAGCGGGACUUCCAGGGCCGGUGGAGACUGAAGACUACUCUCCUGGACAUUACUAUGACGAUCCCAGAUUACCAGGUGGAUUCAGCUCCAGUCCUCCUCCAGUCCCGACCAGAGUUCCAGAGGGAACACCUAAGCCCGAGUGUGGGAUGAGAGGAACCUUUGACAGUGCAGAGUUCCACGCUAAAUACGUGUUGAACAUGACGAAUCCUCCUGAGUAUCUCAGAGAGUACUUCGCAAGCUUCUAUGACUCUCCAGAUCCUUGUGACCUGUACUGUAAUUAUGAUCAGGUUAUAGACAAACUGCAACUGGAUAAACUAAAGGAGAAGUUGACCCUCAGUCGGCCGGUUCAAAGUCACCGCAUUCUCACCUAUGUUUACCUGGAAAUGGUGAUCGCUUCCAUCCUGAAUGUGAAAGCGAGUGAGCAGCUUUUUGUGACUCAUAUGUGGCUUUAUAUGUCCUGGAACAACCAGUUCAUUUCCUGGGAUCCUCAAAAGUUUUGUGGAAUUAAACACAUCGUCGUUCGUAGCGACACUUUGUGGAAACCAGACAUAAUUAUUGAGGAGAUGCUGGAGAAGGACAAAAUCGCUCCGAGUCCUUUCCUCAAGGUCAACUCAUUCGGCGAGGUGGAACAUCGGAUCGAUCAGGUGGUGACGGGCACCUGUCGCAUGAACGUUUACAAGUUCCCCUAUGACACCCAGCGGUGCACCAUCUCCUUUAAGUCUCUGAUGCACUCAGAUGACGAGAUACGCUUCGUGGUCAACACAAACACCACAGUCAUCUCGAAGUGGUCUCACCACGCCAUGCAGUCGAAGCACGAGUGGCGGUUUGUUAAGAUGACGGUCACCAACAAAACCAACAGCUUCUACUUCGGAUCCAACCAGACUGUGAUAGUUUACACGGUUUUCAUGCAGAGGAGGCCGAUCCAGCACGCCGUCAACUUCCUGCUGCCCAUCUUCUUCUUCCUGUGUAUGGACCUGGCCUCCUACCUGAUCCCAGACAGCGGAGAGCAGAAGAUCAGCUUCAGGAUCACAGUGCUGCUCGCCGUCACGGUGCUGCAGCUGAUUCUCCACGAGAUUCUGCCCUCCUCGUCCGACAGGGUGCCUCUGAUCGCCGUCUACUGCAUCGGGAUUUUCUUUAUGAUGCUGAUCAGCCUCCUGGAGGCCAUUUUGGCCACGUAUCUGAUCCAGAAGGACUCGGAAACCCAAGACUGCCGAACCGAUGGAGACCAAAGCAGCAACUCAGAGAGAACAGUCAGUUUCUGUGGCUUUUCCAAAGAGUGGAAGAACAGCAGCAAGCGCUCCUCUCUCCGCCACACACCGGCCGAUCAAACCCCGUCUGACAGCAAGGAGACUAACAGUGAGAAACCAGAGGUGAGCAUGAACAUGACCCAGGAGGCAGGCGAGCUGGAGGAAGACUCCGAUGUUUCCUGGAAGGACGAGGAGAAACCCGGCUACUGGACCCGACGGGUCCGGAGGAUCAACAGAGGCUUCUCAUCCUCUACCUCACUACAGCCCGGUGUUUCUAGUCUACAUGUUCUCCCUGUGGACCACUCCGGAUGA